AUGGAGAAGGACGGAUCCAGACUGUGCUUCAACUUUUCUCCAUUGCGACUGCGUUAUAACCCAUCAUGGCCCAUCUUCAAAAGCCUGAAACGCGGUUGCAGCCCCGUCUUCGUCUGGACUCCCAGCUCAACAUCUGCCCAUAAUCGAUGCAUCCCCGGCCGACAUGACGGGAUGGCGUGGCUAGCAAGGACGCAGACAUUGGGCGACACAGCCAUGCCCCCACGGAGAAGACUCGGUCUUGGUCCUUGUCUUCGAAUGGGCGACCUCGAGACUUCAGCGCAGCCUCCAAGAGUCUCCAUUAACCCCCUUCCAACUCCACAGAGAAGAUCGUCGGAGCCGCGGAGGGGAUCUGUGCUAGCCCGGGGUCCCUCGCCUGCCUUACCCAGCCUGCCCAGAACCUUUGAGGAAACACGGGCAGGAAGAGCCGCAUCUGUUGCUCUCAUGCCCAUGUGGUCCAUUCUGGGGGGCUCUUCCACUCCCUCCUACCCCCGGUCCUGUCGCUUCUUCUCUCCCACCUGGCUCUCACUCUUGCCCAUCGGCUCAACACCAGCUGAGCAGCGCUUGCACAAACAUGCUCUCAUCUUUUCCAACAAGCCCCAUCGCCCAUCCUCCCAUCCUCAACGAUUCCCUGUGCUCUUCCCGUUUGGAUCGCUCGCUCACACUUUCCUUGAGUUCGAUCUCUUCUUGGUUUUUCCUUCCCUUCUCUUCCUUUUCACACUCCCAGCCGCCAUGUCUUCUCCCAUGAUGAGAGCGUUGGCCGCUGCCGCCAUGUUGGCGAUGGCCCAGGCCCAAGGUGUCAUUCUUGCCGCGCAAGGCCCCAACGGCCCUGCUAGUCCAGGUCUUCUAGUCGAUGCAAACAAGGCAGAUGCAAACAUCAUCAACCAGAAGGAGAUUGUGGACAAUGUCGUCAACGAGUGCGGCCGAACCAUCCUCGCGGGCAACAUCGAUAUCGGCGAGACCACAGAGGCUCAGCUGGGCAACAACACCGUCACGAAGGUCACAAAGGGGUCUAACGUCGACGUCACCAUCGCCCAAGUCAGCGCGGACGGCGCCGGACCGUACAGCUGCGAUCUUGACUUGACUAGCAACGCCAACGGUGCCACGGGUCAGACGAAGCUUCAGGUGCAAGAGGCAGGAGCCCAGAGCGGACAGAUCAAGCUCAAGGUCACGAUGCCAGAUGACUUGGCUUGCGUAGGAGCCUCCACCGGUGAUGUCUGCACCGUCCGCUGCUUCAACGAUAACGCAAAGGGUCCCUUUGGCGGCUGCUUCGCUGUUCAGCAGACGGACACGAAGCCCAAGCAGAACACCCCUGCCAACAUUCCCACCGCCCAGACCCUUGACGGUGUCCUGAAGCAGGUCCAGCAGAACAUUGUCGACCUCCCUGCCGCCGUCAAGUCGAACCAGGAAGCCAAGACUCAGGACGAUCAGGGUGUUACCGCCAUCAAGGAGCUCCUCGGCAACAAUGCCACUCAGCAGGCUGCCGGCCCUGCCGGCUCCGGCGCCAACACUGGCAACAACAAUAACAACAACGGAAACAACAACGGAAACAACAACAAUGGCAAUGCUAACGCCGGCAAUGGUAACGGAAGACAGAAGGGCAAGGGCAACCGCAAUGGCAACAACAACGCCAACAACGGCGGUGCUGCGGCCGGCGGCAACAACGCCAACGCUGGCAACAACAACGCCAACGCUGGCAACAACAACGCCAACGCUGGCAACAACAACGCCAACGCUGGCAACAACAACGCCAACGCCGGAAACACCAAUGCCAAUACCGGAAACACCAAUGCCAACACGGGCAACAACGGAGGCAACGGACGGACCCGGGGCAAGAACAACAACGGCGGUGCCAACACCAACGCCCAGAACGGCGGCAACAAUGGUAAUGCCAAUGCCAAUGCCAAUGCCAACGGAAACAACAACGCACUGCCUCUGGCAACUGUUGGAAAGGGCAACGGUAACCGCCAGAACCAGCAGAACGGCAACAACAACAAGCGUGACGAAACACCAGAUGCCGUGCUCCGCACGCGCUGGGCCAGGAGGAACCUUCGCCGCCGCGCCGCCUAA